CAACAACGCUCUGGAGCUGUUUAAUCAGUGGUCAAAAUGUCGGAAAUGGGUAACGCACUUACGGAACUGCUACUACAACUCUUUCUUACAUUGAUGUCAAAGCUCUUUCUUACAUAACUCCUACUUUGAAGAUGGAGGGAGGGUCGUACUAUACCUAUCAAUUUUUUUUCAAGGUGCAAUGGCUUAUCGUAUCCUAUGCUAUGGGUGGCGAUGCUGUCUCUGAAAAGGGCGCAUGCUUAUCGAUUUAAUUAUUUUAAGUAAAGCAGCCCGGCGCGUUUUCUUUCUAGCCUUAGGCUUAUCCCUUCAUGCAAGUUGUUACGACUAGUAAAAGUAAAAGUCAUCAGUUAAUAGAGCACUCACUCCUCCAUGAUGUUGGGUGUGCUUCCUCCUCAGAAAAAGCGCAUGCUUGAAAUCACAAUACUGCGAAAAAAAAUUUUCUAUCGACCUGGAGCAAUAGCUUAGUGGGCCUCCUAUAUUUUGGAAAGCCUAUCGAUAUGCGGCCAAAAGUAUAUCAUUACUAAAAGCAGCUCAAACAGUUUUAAGUUAUGAUGAACGAAAGGGGCUCACUUAACAGCAGUGAGCACCAACUAAACUCCCCGAGAGCUGCGCUGGUCUGAGGGCUGGGGCGAGAAACAGGGAGACCCGGCUUGAAUUGAAUUGCUGCUCGUCUCUUAGUAAUAUGCAACUAGCCCCCUGUCGUGGUUCCCCAGGGGGGGAUACGAUGGGAGCCAAAGACACCCGCUAGACAAAACAAACGCAUGGACAUGCUUGAACAGGCGGCGCAAUUGAGCAGAAGCCUGAGAGCUGUCAGCUUGGACUUCGUGGGGGGUCAUCGGGCGCGUUGCCGCGGGGCGGCGAUCCUUAUGGGUGCGCGCUGUUUCGUUUGCGUCCGGAGGAUAUGUGGACGCCUGGUAGGGGUGGAAGCGCGUGCGGGCUUAUCUUCAAGCGGAAGGCAGGGGCAGGCACAUGCCACGCCGCGGGAACUUGUUCGCAAGGGUCUGAGGCAUUCAGAGGCCACGCCGGUCCGCGGUGGUUCAGAGGUGUAGGGUGUAGCCUGAUGGGGCGCGGCGCUGCAAGCAGGUGACGCGACUGCGCGCAAGCAAGCAAGCGACGCGACGGCACGAGGCUGCCGCCCCGCACCAUCGGGUAGCGCGGGCCCAGGGCUUGGCGGAGAGGAGAGCGCGGCGCCAAAGCGGGCGCCUUGACGUUCAAAGCUCACGCCGGGAACUGCGCACGCCCAGGGCUAGGGGGAGACAGAGGCAGGAGAGCGGGGCGUGAAAGUAAGGAGGCCGCGCUUCAGCUUUCAAAAUUCAUGCGUGAGCUUUCAAAGGUCACGCCUUAACUUUCAAAAUUCGCAUGACCUGCGCACGCUCAGGGGUUGCGGGGGAGGAGAGCUGGGCGCCAAAGCAAGCGGUUGCCUUGGGUAGCUUUCAAAGUGCGUGCAUGGCCUAGCUUUCAAAGUGCAUGGCCUAGCUUUCAAAGUACAUGGCCUAUCUUUCAAAGUGCAUGGCCUAACUUUCAAAGUUUGUGGCUAGCGUUCGAAGUUCACGCUUAAACGCUCGCAAUUUAUCUGCUAACGCUCAAAGCCCACGCCCUAGCUUUCAAAAUUCAUAUCUAGAGCCUCAAGGAGGUUGCUAGGGGUCACAGACGCUGGGAGGCCAGCGAAGACCAACAGAAAGGGGAGACCGCGGGAAGCGUGGAGGGAUAGGGUAUCCAAGGAACUAGUGGCUAGAUUUGCCACAAUGGAUGAUUGCCUAGAACGAGAGCGAUGGAAAAAAAUAGCGGAAGGAAAGGUAAACGACCCCCCCUCCUCCACCAUCGACACCUUCAGCGCAGCACUUCUUCUUCUCAGCUCCUUCUUCCACAGGACCCACCCCAACUAGAACUAGAGCGAGAACUUCAGCGCCAGCACCACCAACAACGGCAACAGCUUCAGCUUCAACAUCAUCACCUUCAACAACAGGAUACAACUGGCGAAGUAGUAGCAAUGGAAGUAAGCAGCGAGCAAGUAGAAGCGCCGCAUCCUUAUCAGCAACGUCAACAUUUUCAACACAACAGUUUUAACAUCAGGGAAAUGAUCCGUAAAACUCAGAAGAGAGUCAGGGAAGUCGUAGGACAAUUCUGAACCGACUAGCAUCGUCAUCAUCUAGAGCCUCAAAGUUUCUGGCAUAUUUUUCAAAGUGCUUGCCUUAAUGUUCAAAGUUCAUGCCCUAGCUUUCUGACUCUCGAAGCAAGAAGUCUGCCUUUUAAGUUUAACUUUCGAAAUUCAUGGCCAAACUUUGCGGCCCAUGUCCUAACUACUAACUUUGAAAAGACAUGGCCUAACGUUCAGGGUUCUUGACGCCGUAGCCUUCAGGAUUCACGUCUCAACUUUCAGAACUCAUGCCUUGACUUUCAAGGAUUAUGGCUCAGCUUUCGAAGUGCGAGAGUAGUAUAGCAGGGCGCUGUUGGUUUUCAAAGUUCGAAGACCAAACUUCAAAACUCAAGACUUAUAGAGUCAAAGUUUACAGUUUAGCUUCGAAACCAAGAGCCAUAAUUCAAAAUCAAAACUCAAAGCAAAUGGGUCAAAGCUAAGGCAAAGCAUUCCAAGUAAAGAGAUUAGAGGCAGGCGCGCUGCAAGUCUAGACCCGUCUUCACAAAAGUGUCGCCUUUUUGGGAAGGUGUAGGCCCCGCAACGCUCAAAGCAGAAAAAGCAAACUGGCCGGCUAAUUUUCCUCGUAGGUUCGGAUGUAGAUCUUAGCCUCUACUAGACGCAAAGUAAUACUAAUGCGUAAUUAGAUGGAGCUACUGCCAAGUAUCGCCAUCGCGUGAAAAAUCAAAACAAGAAGCAUAAGUUGAGUUAGGCAGUAGGGCCGUGCGCGAUAAGGAUGAUAAUAAUAAUGCAGAGUAAGGUAAGUAACAGGCUUCGGGCUGCUCGAGCUGCCCCGGGUUGCUCGGGUUGCUGCGGUGAAGGGUUUCCCAUUCUGGGACGAUUUGCAACGAGCUGCCAGAAGGAGCCCGGCCCACCAAAAUGGGUGAAGCGGGGCGGUGUGGGCGCCGGAGUGCUUGCUCGGCAUGCUGGGGGCCGUCAGUCUUCGGGACCUGCCGCGCAAAAGAAGGCGGGGGGGGGCGCUGCCUCCUUCUGUUUGGGAUCGAUACUGGCGCGCCGCUCCUCACUCGGUGGCGCCGAGCAAGUGCUUCGCCCCCCUUGUGGUGCGGGUGCAGAGCUUCGAGUCGGGGCCGGGUUUUCGUCUUGCUGUGUAGCGGUGUUGAGUCAGGAGGCCUUGCCGUGUUGGGUUUGUAGCCGGCUUGCGGCUGAAGAAUGCGGAGGCAACCGAGAGGGAAAUGCGGCGAAGGCUAAUGUGGGGGCGGGUAGCGGUGGGCUUGGUUUCACACUGGUACGCAGCUGGUCAGGCUGGUGUGGUACAUGCCACACCCCCCAGGGCCUUCGCGUUGGGUUUUUUGCAGUCAUCGGACUGCCCUCACUUGGUUGCCUCCCACCCCGUCGCGAAUACUUCUCAUACCGGCCUGGUCGGUGUUCUCUACUUCAACACCUCGGCAAGGGUGCGCCCGCAGGGCGCAGCGAAAAAAUUUCCAUGGGCAACCCGAGCAGCCCGAAAAACUCGGCCCGCUAUCAUAUGGGUCAAAAAAAGCCUAAUUCUAUGAUAAUAGUAAGCCCCCCUCCAUAAUCCAAGGAAGUGGUAUAUGAAGGAAGGAGGCGCGGCGCUCUGAUCACCGGAAGCGGAAAGAGUGGUAAAAAUGAUCUUUGGAGCUUCACUAUCAGUGCUGCAACCCUUCAGCAGCCUGCCAUGUCUGCUAGAAAAUGUAGUAGGCCAAGACCUAGCCUAACCUACUUGGGAUAACCUAACCAAACUUCCUUGGGGUCGGUAGCCUAACCUAACCUAGCCUACUUGGGAUAAUUUAGAUAGAGUACUAUAAUCCACAAGCAUGAUGCCUAAGCUAAGGCCGAGACUUCACCACGCGCGAAGCCGAGGUCGGUGCGUCCUGUUCUAUCCUACCUUUCCAAAAGCAUACUUUUAGAGAAAUAUGCUAGGCCAAAAGCAUAUCUUUUUUCUUAAAGAAGGUUAGGCGUGAAUGUUGACGUUGUUAAAAAGAAGAGCAGCGGCAUGGGCCAUGCUGUUCUUCUAAAAGUUGACCAUGCGAGCAGUUCCGAUUAAGGCAACCGCUGGAGCAUCCUCAUGUUCGCCCCUGGCUCUUUUUCUACUUGGAAACGGAGCCCGGGAUGCGCUCAGGGAUUCGACGACGCGACCGCGGUAGCUCUAAUUUCUCCGCAACGUCUGCACGUGGUUGGAGCGGCUUUUGCCUUCUGCGCUGCUAAAAGAAAUCCCACAGGAUUUGCUUGAUAUUAUGAAGAGCGUCAGAUGCAGAAUUGUUUUUUUCCUAGACUCAACGUUUAUUGAGUGUAGGCUCUACGAGUGCCUUUUGUAGUUUAAAGAAAUACUCAGUCCGUGGUCUUCCUCCUCGGUCAACGUCAAUAUUAUGAACAGCGUCGUGCUCGGUCUCCCGUAUGAGAGAGAGACCUGGCUUGAUUCACUUGAAUGUCCUCCCUCAUAAAAUGGCCACGGCUCACCUUUCCGUAGUGCACUUACUUAAAGCUUGAAUUUAAUAGCCAGUAGGAAAGACUCCGCACGUCGAUGUGCUAUUUUAGAUGGAUCCCAUCCUAUCUUAUUCUAUCCUAUCCGUGCCCUCACUCAUCAUGCCCUCACCCCUCAACACUAACAAGUGAAAAAAUAGUGUUUGAUCUUCUUGACGUUGACAAUAGCUGAGAGCAGUAGCUACAUGAGAUGCAUCGACCAGGAUGAUGAGCAAGAUGAUGAUGAGGAUGAUGAUGUUGUUGUUGUUGAUUGAUAAGCGAACAGGACAGCGCCUACGCCAAAAGACAAAAUAGCGGUAGCCUGUUCACGUAUCCAUGACGAUGGAGAGCUUGGCUGUCUAAUGCUUGGGACUCCGUCGAUAAAACAGACAGGCGGCUUACCGUGUGGGCGUUCUCCGGACCGAUUAAGCAGCUCCAUUAUGAAAGGGCAUUACGUGUUUCAUAAUGUAGUUGAUAACCGGUUAGCCCUUCCCCCAUCAUCCUAAGGGAGCGCCCAAAAGCAAUGUGGUUGAUGCGCCAAAAAAGCCCUAGAAGUUCUUUCUAGGUAGGUAGAAGCAACUACUGAACAAAAAGACUCCUCAUUGACUUCAACUUUGUCCCACUUCCCAUUUCCAGAAAGAGCUCCUCUCGCGUCAAAUCCAGACUCAAAUCGCUUAAUUAUCUUAUGUAUACUCCUAGUAGUUCUGUGCCACCAAGUAGCCACCCUCUUUGCAGAGAAGCGCUAUCCUGGAUGCGACGCUAGUAAAGCACCCCACCAAACAUACACAGUAUUUUUUUCAACUCUAUCCAUUGAGCUUUUCUUGGGCGGAUUAUGUAGUAGUCUACGAGCUUCAUAAAAUAGUAAUUUGGUGCGCCCUUUUUCCUAGGGCACCGUAAUUUAGGUCCAGCGACGCUCGAAGCACUUCAGGAACGCAAGUAACUGGUUCAGUACUUUUUUCUUCGACCUGUCCCUGGAAUCAAUCAAGUCCAAGCAUAGUAGUUUCUUGUUGUAGUGCUCCACUAAGUCGUAGGGCAAUCCGGCGCGCAGGAUCCUGGGUCCAUAACCUAGCCUAAUGCGCUAUGUAGCUAGCUAAUGAUAGAUCUUUUUUAGGUCUCCUAACGGCUGCUGACGUAGUGUCAAAGCUAGCCAGUCAAGUAGGGUUUACGGCUCUCGUUAUUUUAAGUCGGUGUCGUCGCUCUCCGUCGGAGGCACCACCACACUUGGAGGCCUCGAAUAUAGACACACAUAGCUCAUGCUGACAUGGAGUAUUUAUAUGGUCAGGGCGUGUAGACAGUAGGAUACCAAAGAAGAAAGUCCUAUCCCUAUGACAUGGCAUGGCAUGACAUAAGAUGGCAUGGCUAUGGCAUGCCAUGCCAUGCCUAUGACAUGGUUUGACUAUUCCUAUCCCACGGCUAUGACGUGAUAAAAGAGGUUCCAUGACAUGACUCUAAGUUUUCGAGGAGCUGCCCUUUCUUGUGAUCGCAGCGAGCACUGGAGGUCCCGUGAGGCCGAGAAUCGUGCCAAUUUUCGCCCUAAUGGCUGGGACGGGAACUGUAUUGUUAAGGUGGGUCUCUUCACUAGUUGUCUAUCUACGGGGAAGAUGAAAGGGUCAUAGCGUUAACAAUGAUUGAUCCUGGAGGACUGCGUGAUCCUUGAAGAGUUGUGCGGAUGAGAUUGGCUCUCCGAUUAUGAUAAUAUGGGUAAAUCUCAAGGUGGAUACUUGGAAGACGGACUCUCAUCCGGCAUGAUGAGAUAGCCGUAUCCUUAUGACAUAGCUCGCAAGGAUACGGCUGAAACCUGACUUGCGGAGAUGUCUAAUAUUGCACAUUCAGCCCGAGAAGGAUGGUGCUUUCUUAUGGCCGGUUUUGGUCUGAGAGUAGUUACUUUUGAAGAUGUCAGCCCUUCAUACUAAUAUGCCGAUCCUAUCAACAUAUUUACAGCAUUUGGCUUUGGCGAGCAUUGAUUUAGAAGGCACCACAUGCUUGACACUGACAUCACAUUGAGAUUGACGCUGUGCUAGACAAGAGCUCUUCUCCUAGUAAGUUUUUAGUGCAUGCACAUCUUUCUAAGUUCUCCUCUCUCUGUGGGAUAUGACCUGGUGGACAUUCUUCCGGACCACUCUUUUUACAGGGAUGGGAGAGUUAGUGCUGCUUCUGUGCCUAACUACCCGUUUUGUCCAGAGAAAAACGGAUACGAAGAGAAGCGCCUGCUUGUUUUAAGACUUCCGGAUAUCCAUCUUCAGAAGCAUCUAGGAGCUCCCGUGUAAGCGGGAAACGCGUCCAAGAUGGGUUUCCAGAUGGAUUCCCCGAAGGUCUAAUGGUAGAGCCGAAGAGCGGAGGGGGAUGGAGUGCUCGAGGGGUUCUUCUCUUUGCUUUCGAAGACCCCCCCCCUCCUGGUGAGCCCGUACUCGCGCGCGUUUCUUUCCCGGUCCCUAUAUUGGAUUCGGAGUUGAAAAGCCCAAGCAGAAGGGUCGGGCAUUUAAGGCUCAGACAACUUCAUUGGUCACUGUUGAGGGUGCUCCCAUGAUUGGUCACACACAUUUUCGAAGAGGAAAGGGCAUGAGAGAACCGCCAAGGGAAUAAACUAAGAGAAAUAUUAGGGUGGUGUAGUAGGGGGGCUCUCUCUCUCACAAGGCAGAUAUUUACGAGGUCCUUGGUCGUGGUUCUGUGAAUACUAGAGCUCCUGACGACGAGGUUCGCAGAGUUAACCUUCCUGUGCCUAUCCUUGGCCCAAGCUUCAGGAGCUACUGUUUCAUCUCGCGGCCAAUAAGUAAAUAGUUGAGAAGAACUAUUGGGGACGCACUUUUGGAUUUGAUGACAGUGUCUUUCUUGUCCUCCGCCGUUCAGGUGCGAGAAUCAGUACGAUGGCCUCCUAGACCUACUUCAGUACUAUCAGUGACCAAUUAUGAGUUCCAACCUUUAACGUAUUCGAGUGGGCCACUGGGUGGAGUCUACGACUUGUCUUUUUCCAAACCUCGUGGAAGUAGCGA